UUUUCUGAAAUUCAGAAACAGGGUAGUGAGAUUACGCGGGGAGGGAGGAUCCGGAAAAGGAAAAUGACCGAGCCGAGAUUGAGAGUGAGAGAGACGUAUUACGUGCGCAAAAAGCUCCUCUUUUUCAUUUAUUUUCCCCUUUGUAUUAAGUUUUUUCCAAUUCCCACACAUCCUCGUUAAAAGCCCACAAAGAAGCCCAUCGCUGCUUCAGAUCCCUCCCUGCGGCUGCAUUAACCUCCAAAUCACGCUGUGAAAGAAAAUUCCAGAAAAGAGAGAGAGCACAGAAAGAAACAGAGCAAAUUGAAUCAGCUGAAAACAGUGAUCAUUAUGGGCCGUAGAGACAGAGAGUCCCUGAACUAUGAGACCUCUUAUUCUUCUUCUCCUUCUUCAUUGAGUGAGGCUUUGAUCUUGGCCACCAUGUGCAUCAUUGGCCUCCCAGUUGACGUGCACAUCAAGGACGGUUCUGUCUAUUCUGGACUCUUCCACACUUCCUCUGUCGAAGACGAGUACGGUAUCGUUCUUAAGAAUGCAAGUUUGACUAAAAAGGGAAAAAGUUAUUCGAAUGUAGCAAAUGGUGUGCUCAUAGACACACUGGUAAUCCACUCAAGUGAUCUAGUUCAAGUUGUUGCAAAGGGGGUUCAGCUUUCAUCUGAUGUUGUUGUUAGAAAUAUGGCUGGUGAUCAUACAGAAGCUGUUGUGGGGAUUGUACCUUCUGAGCAUCCAGUGACAGAGGCAAACAAAACUACGAAGUCUGCCAUACAUAAGAAUAAAAUCAAUCAGACAAGGAGUUCGGUUCGAGCAGAGAAUGGCUUUGCUCAUGGUUUGAUGCCCAAAAUAUCUGGAGGGAAGCAUGAACAGAGAAAAUCAUCAACAAAUCAGAUAGGAGAUGCUUUGGAAAUUGAAGAUGGUAAAAGUGACAGGAUAAGUUCAGCAAAGGUUGAAGAAGCUUCUGGAGAAUCUGAUGGGAGGUCAAACAGUGAACAAUAUAUUUUCAGAGAGAAGAUGGAGUGUCAUGGAGAAGCAAGUGCUGAUGAAGUUCAAGGAUCUACUUCAAGUUUGGAUACCAGCCUUAACCGAGUAAAACCUGUUGAGGAUGGGUAUGCAAAGAGGACAUCACAGCUCUUGCCAAAUGAAGCAUCCAGUGAUCCUGCUACUAUACCAGUUAAACCAGACAACCAAUGCUGUAAAAGGCCCACUUCAGCAGAAACCUCUUCAUCCAAUGCAAUUUCUUCAGGUCUUUCGACUUCUUCCAAACCAAAUGUGGAUGUCACCUCAAAGUCAAAUCUUAGUUCAUUCACAACAUCAACUGAAAUGGUCCCUCAACAAAAUCCAGAAUCUAAUAGAAGUUCUAAGGAAUUUAAGCUCAACCCAGGAGCAGAAAUUUUCUCUCCGUCCCUUGCAAAUCUCAUAUCAAUGGCUCCAGCAGUGCCAACUGUUGCAAGCAUGACUUACAUACCAAACAACUCUUCUGUGGGGCCUGUUGCUGCUGCUCAACCAGAACCUGAAUUCAGCACAUUUGCAUCUUGUUCAUCCAUGAAUGUCAAGGUUGUCCCGUAUGGUAAUUUGACAGCUGGAAAUGGUGUCAGCGGUUCUCGAUUUUCCCAACCUAUUGUUGGACCUAUGGGAAGCAGGACUCAGCCAUUUCGAUAUCCUGGACAGUAUAAUCCUGUUCGGGCUGGACCUGCAUAUACACAUCCAACGGCUCAAGCUGUUAUGUUUGGACGAUGGGGUCCGCUUGUCUAUGUCCAUCCAGUUUCUAACGAUUUGGUUCAGGGUGCAGCCGCUAUCUCACCGCUAUCUGUGCGUCCUGUCUUGACUCCACAUCAAGUCCAAUUUCAAAAGCAGCAAGGAAGUGCAGUAGGCCAAGCGUUGCAUCUCUCUGGACAGCAACCUUUCGCAGUGCCAAGCCACAUCCCACUUGUGCAGUCUACCUUCCCUGCAAACCACCCAAUUUCGGUCCCAGGAGCUAAUGGUCUCUACGGCACCAAGUUUUCAUGAAUAAGUUUUCGUUUUCAAUCACCUCAACAGGUUUUCUCUUCUUUUCUUUUAUUUUUUUAAUUUUUUAAUUUUGUUUUUUAAUAAUUGUAAAAUUUUUCCAUAAAAUUUUGGCCCACAAUUUUGUAUUCGAGAAGAGUCCAGUUGAACAGCACUGAGUUACAAGUGUUAUCGGUUUGAAGUAAAAGAUCAUAUCCCUUUAAACAAGGGUUUGUUCAGUAGAACCCAUUUUAUGGAUGAAGGUUUAUUGCUCAUUAAACAAUGUAUGAAAAAUGAGUCCUGAUGUUUCCAGAUU